AGGCCUACUAAGAAAAUGGAUGGAUGGACGACAGAUUUUAUAUUGAAUAAAAAUUGUUCCCAGUUAUCCCUAGUUUUUUUUGGGAUUCAUGUAAGUUUAUUACUCUGUGGUAUGGUUUUAUUCCUAUUUUACAGAAAUGAUUAGAAUGCACAGUAUUCCAGUCAGUAUUGUUGGUGUUGUACAUUCUUAUAAACACAUUUUAUCAUUCAUUUGAAAUUUUUAUUAAAGUGGGAAAGAAACUUCUGUUAACAUAUCAGGAAAAACUGGCAAGAUGAGGUGGACGAACACAAACUGCAUGGCAUUGUGUUAAUAGAAGACAGUUUCUUUCUCAAUCUAGACAUGAUCAAUGACUUGUACAUGGUUGGCUAUUCUAUGCAAAACGGCAUGAAUUUUUCCAUGAAGCAUUUUACUGUUACUUAUUGACCAAAGUUUGACUUGAGGCAAACAUUUUAUGGAGAAUGAGUUUCCUCAGAAGGCUGUUUCACAAAACCAGGAUAACGGUUAAGCUGGGAUCUUCUGGAUAUCUGAUCCUCGACUCAGUUUCACAAAAGAGACUCUAGCUAUGCUGACUUGUGAAAUCUGUGGUGAGGAGAUAUUGUUGGAGGAAGACAUGAAGACACAUCUCUUUCUUUGCCACCUAGAAAAUGAUCUGCACUGUCCCCUCCGUACUCUGUCAGGAGUUGAUAAUGCUGGGCUCUAUUUCCACAUUACAUCUGCACAUCCUGGAGAGCAGCAAAUAAUCCAAGACCCAACUCACCACCCAUGUGGUUCAGCUUUAUCUGACAGGACAAAAGCAAGUAGAAGUGAAGCCAAGGAGUCCCAAACCUGUCAGUCCCUAAGAGCUGUUGAUCAAGCAGGACGGCUUACAUCUAACUUUGCCUCUGCUGUUAACACAGAGCAUCAGUAUUCAUCACCUGGAGACUAUGCAAACUCCACUGCAGCCUCAAAAACACAGGUUGCUGAAAUCUCAGACCAAAAUAAUGUGAAUGUCCUGAAAGAUGAACUUCACCAAACCCAGCCUUUAUCAGCAGAGAAGCUGUUCUCCUGCCCUAUGUGUCCACUGGUCUUCAGUUGCGACUUCCUCCUGCAGGAACAUGUUGAGCUGCAUCUUUUGGAACAGCACUCAGGAGAGAGGUCAUUCCAGUGCCCAAUGUGCUCAGCUGUCUACAGCAACAGCUUCUGUCUGCAGGAACAUGUAGAACUACACUUUGACCAUGAACUGUCCAGGGACCAAUCAGGAAGUCCUCACUCCGACCUAACGCUGGCAAAAGAGCUUCAACACAAAGAGGAGCUAAAGAGAAAACAGGAGGAGGCCCAGCUGGAGAGACAGGAGUUCAAGAAGCUGCAGAGGCAGUUUGGUUUGGAUGGCAGAGGAGGUUACCGCCGCCAGAUGGAGAGGAGCAUGGAGAGAGCUGUGGCCAGCGGCCAUCUGGCGCCAGUCGAUUUUCAUCUGAAGAAAGCUGAUAUGAUGGAGUCUCUGGCCUCAGGGGUCGAUGAUGGCUCAAGCAGAACCCAGGGGGUCAUCAGGGCAUUGGAAGAUUAUUACCAAACUGAAUGCAGAGACAGUGUUCAUGUGUGGCUGGCUGUUGACACUGACCACUACAGCUCAUCUGCAGGCGAUAAGGGCUGGGGCUGUGGAUACAGAAAUUUCCAGAUGCUCCUGUCAUCCCUGCACAGAAUAGAGGCAUAUUCUUCAGUUCUACAAGAAAAGACAAUACCUUGUAUUCCUCGGGUGCAGAGAAUGAUUGAAGAAGCCUGGAAGGAAGGGCUUGAUCCCCAAGGAGCAUCACACUUCAGUAAGCGGCUGCAGAGAACCCAGGCUUGGAUUGGAGCCACAGAGAUAUACGUCCUCCUCACCUCACUUGGAAUCAGUGCUCGCAUCAUAGAUUUCCACCAGCCAACUGGCAGCAAGAAUACCCAUCCCCAUUUGUUUGACUGGGUCAAGCAGUACUUCUGUCAGUCCAGUAAGAGCAGCAGUCUGUCCCCCCGACUCAUCCUGACCCACCUACCCCCACUUUACCUACAACAUCAAGGUCACAGCCGAACAGUAGUUGGUUUGGAACAGAGGAAGAAUGGCAGCCUGUGCCUCCUGCUUUUGGAUCCUGGCUCUUCAUCAUCUGACACCAGGAAGCUGCUGAGCAGGGAGACGCGCCUGACUGCUGUUCAGUUUGUCAGGAAGUUCCCCAGAAAUCUAAAGCACAAACAGUACCAGCUCAUAGCAGUACAAGGCGUGUUGUCUCCUGAAGAGAAGCAGAUAAGAAUCUUCAACUCCAGAACAUUAUCUGCUGAAAGGACUCCAUGAAUGCAAAUGAUUUUUUAUAUAAUAUAAUUGAUAUACUACAAAAUGUAUGUCCAAUUUUAAACUUUCUAAAUAAACAGUUUGAUUUUUUGCAGUCUUA